CGUUGGCGGCGGUGGGCGGGGCCUGCCUGCAGGGGAGCGGAGACAAUAGACAGAGCCGCUGUAGCGUGACCCAGCAGCCGGGGAGACAGCGACAGAAAGCGGCGCUGCGGACAACCGCGGAGCUCCGUGAUUUCCCCCGGUGAGGAGACGAGGAGACAAUCCGAGGACCCGCGUCCUGCUCGUCCUUGAAGCCGGAAGCCGGAAGCCGUCUGGACGGAUCCACAGAUUGCAUGCAGCAUAAUCCUAACGGAACGCCCCUCCUCUCCAGACCAGACCCUCGGCCACGAUGAGCUCCUCGGCCCCCGGCCCCCACGGCCCCCGCGGCCCCCGCGCCGCCAUCGACAUCCUGGAGGAGCUGCAGCUGAUCGCCGCUCAGAACCUGGAGAAGCUCGACAUCCACAAGUACUACGAGGUGGUGCGUGAGCUGGGGAAGGGCACCUACGGGAAGGUGGACCUGGUGGUCCACAGGAUCCGAGGCACGAAGAUGGCGUUGAAGUUCCUGAGGAAGAAGAGCACCAAGCUGAAGAGCUUCCUGAGGGAGUACAGCGUCUCCUUGUACCUGUCGCCCUGCCCCUUCAUCAUCAACAUGUACGGCAUCGCCUUCGAGACCGACGAGUACUACAUCUUCGCCCAGGAGUACGCGGUGGCCGGGGACCUGUUCGACAUCAUCCCUCCCCAGGUGGGGCUCCCGGAGGAGGUGGCCAAGCGCUGCGUGCACCAGGUGGCCAUCGCCCUGGACUACCUGCACUGCAAGAAGCUGGUCCACCGCGACAUCAAACCCGAGAACGUGCUCAUCUUCGACAGCGAGUGCCGGAAGGUCAAGCUGUCCGACUUCGGCAUGACGCGGCGCGCCGGCUCGCCGGUGAAGCGCGUGAGCGGCACCAUCCCGUACACGGCGCCCGAGCUGUGCGCGGCGGCGCGGCGCGAGGGCUUCUGCGUGGACUACAGCACGGACGUGUGGGCCUUCGGCGUGCUGCUCUUCUGCAUGCUGACGGGCAACUUCCCCUGGGAGAAGGCCAUGCCCAGCGACGCCUUCUACGAGGAGUUCGCCCGCUGGCAGCGCCGCCGCGCCGCCCCGGUGCCGUCGCAGUGGCGCCGCUUCACCGACGAGGCGCUGCGGAUGUUCCGCCGGCUGCUCGCCGUCGAGCAGGAGCGCCGCUGCUCCGUCAAGGAGGUCUUCGGCUACUUCAACCUGUGCUGGAUGCUGGACAGCGACGGCGGGAACGCUGGGGGGGGCGGCGGCGGCGGGCCUCCCCUGGACAUCAGCUCGUCUUCGUCCGGGGAGGACGCGCUGGCGGACAGGCUCAAGCAGCAGAGCCUGUCGCCCGCCUACGCCGCGGCGAAGGGGAGCGUCAUGAUGGACACGGACUACUCCUCCGCGUCCGCCAGCGGCUCGCCGUCGUCCACGGGCAGCUACGAGAGGGUCAGCAGGGACAACAACAACGAGCGAGAGCGCAUCCUGGUGGCCACGCCCAUCGAGAUCUGCGUCUAGGAGGGUGGGGGGGCGGGGGCGGAGUGCCGCGUUUCGACGAGGCGGCGUUUGGCGAGCCGGUCCUUGGCGUGACGUCGCGGCGAGGACUCCUUUCUGAUGAAGAAGAGCUUGGAGGAAGCGAGCAGUGAGUCGUCCCCCCCCC